CCGCAGCCCGGUGCCGCUCCCGGGGCGGGGCCGGGGCCAUGGCCGGGCCGCUGCGCCGCUUCCCCUGGCUGGGCAACGUGCUGCUGUACGGCGGGCUGUUCGCGGCGGGGGACGCGGCGCAGCGGCGGUGGCGGGGGCAGCCGCCCGACUGGGCGCAGACGCGGCGGGUGGCGCUGGUGGCCCUCGCCUUCCACGGCAACUUCAGCUACGUGUGGCUGCGGGCGCUGGAGCGGGCGCUGCCCGGCCGCCGCCCGCCCGCCGUGCUCGGCAAGGUGCUGUGCGACCAGCUGCUGGGCGCGCCCGUCGCCGUCCUCGCCUUCUACACGGGUAUGAGCAUCCUUCAGAAGAAAGAGGACAUCUUUUCAGACUGUAGAAAGAAAUUUUGGAAUACGUAUAAGACGGGACUGAUGUACUGGCCUUUUGUGCAGAUCAACUUGACAUCAUUUCAAUGGCUGAAACAACAAUGAUGCCUGAGGAAAUUGAGCUUGAGAUGGCAAAGAUCCAGAGACUUCGUGAAGUCUUAGUCAGAAGAGAAUCAGAACUCAGGUUUAUGAUGGAUGACAUCCAGCUGUGCAAAGACAUUAUGAACCUUAAGAAAGAGCUGCAGAGUCUGGUAGCAAUCCCAG